AUGACAGUAACACCUACCGUAACCUCAGUGAUUCAUUUGGAUGACACACAAAAUUCGAUUAGUAAAACAGCUGAAUCAGUUAUUGUUGAAAAUAGCGAACGAAAACAGCAAAAAUGGAUUGUGACAUUGUUAAAUUUGUUUCGAAAAAACAAAAUGAAUAAUGAAAAGAUUGAAAAACUAAAAUCAAACAUUGCAAAUUUUUCAAUUACCAUUAAUAAUAAUAUUAUUAUUUCUGCAAUCAAAUUUGAAUCAAAAAUUAUGCAUCUGAUCUUGAUGUUACGAAUUUUCAAUAGUAAACUACAACACAACAAUGCAUAUCUUAUAAAUGAACCAAAAAAAACAAUUCAAGAAGUUUCAAUUGCAAUUCAAGAUAUUAAAAUGAUGAUAACCGAGAAGGGAACAACUGAUAUAAAUAUUUUUCAUGGAUCGCUUACUACUGUUACGAGUACAUUUCGAAGAUUGUAUGAAGCGAACAAUUUAUUAAAUACUAUUUGUUUGACUGUGGAAAAUAUAAAAUUAAAUUACAUUAUUGGAAGUUCAUUUAUGAUAAAAGCAGAUGAUAAGAUAUAUAGUGAUAACGAUGAUAAUGAUAAGGAAGAUUAUCAAUUUGCAUCUUCAAUAGCUGAACAACAAUGGAUUAAUGAAAAUGAAAACAUUACAAAGUUUAAUUUUGAUAUGAAAUUAUUACAUGGAGAAAUGAAUGCUAAAAUUUCAUCAAAUGUUACAGCAAAAUAUAAUUUCAAAAAUGCGCAUUGUUUUGGAACUUUUCCUAAAAAAGGCAAAAUAUCAAUUGAAAAUCAUUUUAUCACAUCAUUUUAG